UCACUUACCAAACCCACCUUCCAUUAUCACUCCCGCGUGUAAAGUUAUCGUGGUAUGUGUACUGUCAUUUUCGAGGAAAUGCUCCGCACCGCCAAGACCGAUCACUACGAAUGACUAAGGCGGUAAUGUGAGCGUCUGCUCCUUUGCUGCGCUGCGCUGGAUGGCUUCGCGGUUGACGCUUUCUUUGCGUCUCUUCUCCAAGUUCUGGCACCUUGCCCUCUUCGUGUUCGCAGUUCGCCUCCAGCAUUUGAGUAUGGUUGUACGCGCAUGGCCAGGCGCGGUACAAUAGUGCGCGUGGUCGGUGAGGUAAGCGUUCCAAGGCGGUCUCAUCCGGCAUCCCCUCUUUUGUGACCAGCCCACUUUACGAUACACGUACGGCCCCAACGCUCAUCACCAGCUUAGUGGACAGGCCUCCGCAAUGGGGCGCCACGCGAAUCCCGACAUUCGACGCGCCUUCGCCGAAUUCCAGGACCAGGACACGCCCUCGAAAUGCAACAAGGUGCGCUGCCUGCACUGCGGCUUCGUGCGCGCAAAGAACACCACGCGCCAGAUUGAGCACCUCCACGCCUGCGAGGCCUACCUGGCCUCCCCCGAAGCGCAGGCAUGGCACGCCCAGAACGGCGACGACAACUCGAUGAGCUCGGGCAUGGCGCCCAACAGCGUGCUCAGCGGCCAGCAGCCCAAUCCGAACCUCCAGAUCAAUCGUCGCGGGCCGAACAACAAGCGCGCCCGUGAUGGCCAGCAGCUCGCGCCGAAUAUGACCAUGCCGCCGCCCCUGGCGCCCUCGCUGACGGCCCACCUCCUCGCCAUCUGCGCCCAGCCCUUCACACAGGCAACGCAGCAACCGUUUCUCUCGCAUGCGGGCUGCGGAUCGCUCGCACCAGGCCCGCUGUCACAAUGGCUGGUACAGGACGGGCACUAUGCGCGCGGCUUUAUCCGUUUUGUAGGGCAGCUGCUGGCCAAGUUGCGCCUGCCGCAGACGGCGAACUCGCAAUUCCAUCCUAUGUACAGGACUAUGGAUCUGCUCAUAUCUGCCUUGAACAACAUGCGUCGAGAAAUGUCCUUUUUUGAAAUCACGGCUACUAAAUAUGGCCUCACAAUGAAUCAGGACCCUCCUACGCCUAUAACACGUGCGCUGCUGGAUCUGUUUGUGAGUGCCAGUAGCUCAAGUGCUUCCCUCCUGGAGGGCAUGGUGGUGCUGUGGGGUACUGAACACUGCUACAGAACAGCAUGGCAAUACGCGUCGUCAUUCAGCAGCUCCCUCUCUACCCCGAGCACCGAAAACCACAUCGUCGCGCUCCACCAAGCUCUAAUACCAAAUUGGACAUCUCCCGCAUUCAGCAAAUUCAUCGACGCAAGUAGAGCCCUUGUCGACGAGCUUGCCAACAUCACAACCGCCCGCGACGGAAAAGAGGAGAUGACCCGGUGCGAGGAGAUAUUCCGCCAGAUAUGCUGGCUGGAAGAGCGCUUCUGGCCGGACGUCGACGGCAUGGGUGAAGGCGACGACAGCGCGCGGCUAGGCCCCAACAUCGGCCCAAUGGGCGCGGGCAUGGACAGUGGACUGAACAACAGGAUGACGAACGGCAUGAAUGGGCCGAUGCAGAUGAACGGGCCGCAGAUGAAUGAGGCGCAGAUGAAUGGUUUGCCGAAUGGGCCGAUGCAGAUGAAUGGCCAGAUGAACGGCCAGAUGGGCGCGCAGAUAGGGCCGCAGAUGGGGCCACAGAUGAGCAAUGGGGAGAGGAGCGCGGGUGGUGAUGGGAGGAAUAACUUUCCGGGCCUGGACUCCGUGGGACAGAGUUCAUGACCACUGUUGAGUGGGCGUGUGAAUGGCGGUGGCAUGUUAUGAAACUUCGAUUUCGGAGGCUCAUCACGGUUCAAGUCACUUCAGGAUCUGACGUGGAGUGGAGAACUCGCGGAAGCUUGACCUCUCAGAAGCUUACGGUCAACAUUCGACACGUCUCACAAGCCAGCAUCGACGUGGCGUGCGAUACAGAUAGGCAGGCAAAGGCGCUGGCCCACAAAAGAGUAUCUCUUCAUGGUUUCGGGCG